CACAAAGCCACUCAGCAAAACUUCAAUAACCCCCACACUUCUUUCUGGACAUGGGUUGUUAUGAUUGCUGUAUCCGGUGCAUUGGGGCAGUGCCCUACCCAUCCCUGGUGGCCACCUUGCUGUGCUAUGCUGGCAUGGCAUUAUUUUGCGGCUGUGGGCACGAAGCGUUGUCCCAGACCGAAGUCCUCGUGGAGACUCACUUCGCCCGCAACGUUCAGGACUUUGUGGUCAUGGCCUCCUUUAUCAAAUACUUCCAGUAUGUGAUCUAUGGCCUGGCUUCAUUUUUCUUCCUCUACGGUAUCCUGCUACUGGCUGAGGGUUUCUACACCACAAGUGCUGUCAAGCAGACCUUUGGGGAGUUCAGGAGCACCCAAUGUGGCCGCUGCCUCAGCCUGACGUUUAUCAUCGUGACGUACAUCUUGGCCUUCAUCUGGCUGGCGGUGUUUGCCUUCACUGCUAUCCCAGUCUUCUUCUUGUUCAACAUGGAGCAGACCUGCCACAACAUCAACAUCCUGGCAGAAAGGGCCCCCAGCAUUAAUCAGCAUAGCUGGAUUUGCAUGGACGCCAGGCAGUAUGGACUGCUCCCUUGGAAUGCAAUGCCAGGCAAGUCUUGUGGGAUGACCUUGGCAUCUAUUUGCAAAACCAGUGAAUUCCACGUCACCUAUGACUUGUACAUAGCUGCAUUUGCUGGUGCUGGGAUCACUCUCUUAGCACUGUUUCUGUAUAUGAUUGCCACCACCUACAACUACGCGAUCUUGCGGUUCCUGGGCAGGAAAGGUAUCCGCUAAGUGCAGUCAACCCCAUCCUCUGGCUAUGAGAUGGACAGUCUACUCUUCAUCCUCUGGGAAACAGUGACUUCCAAACACCUGGAUCACCUGCUAGUUUUUCUUUAGACGUGUCCAAUAACAGACAGAAAUAUUUCUCAUCACUGUUUUGUAUGAGCAACAGACAGAGAGAUGAAGAUAAUUCAUUCCCAGCAGUGAGCUCUGGCCUUCUCGUCAAAUCCUCCUCUCAGAUGAUUCUCUUAGCUUUGUUGUUCAUCUGCCUCUUAGCAGGUUGCAUCUCCUGUCUUAUCCUUUUUUGUGACGCUUCAUUGGCGCUGAUGCCGUUGUCAGAUUGUGAUGUAUGACGUUUCAUGAAUAAUUAAGAGCAGUGACAGCUCGCCCUGCAAAUCAUAACCGCAUGCACACCAUUCAGUGUUUACUGAUGCAUAUAUUGGUUCUAUGAAUAUGAUUUUGCCACUGCCUCAUUAUCACCAUCUUAUGUAUCAACAUUAUGUGAACUAAAGCGAGUGAAGCUGAAUGUACCAAAGUUUUCUUGGAGGUUAGGUGUCACCUGCCAUCGCCUCUGUUUACCUUCACUUACGAUACAUGUACUUUUCAUUCACUAAUAAUGCAUUUUUGCUUUGUUUAAACACCACUGUGUGGGGGGGAAACAAAUGCAUGUAUCCAUUUCCAUCCUGGAGGUGUUUUGGUUACUGCUUAAAAUAAGCUGUUUUUAUGUUGCUGAAGUGUUGAUUCUUCCACAUUUAACAAUAACUUGCCUCCAGGUGACUCAUGUUUAAUGUGUAGCCCUGCUACUUACUGAGCUGGAUUGUGUUGUGUGUGCUCAAAUGAAAUUA